CGGCGCAAUCAAGGAGAAAUGGGACUACGGACGCUACCCCCAUUUUUUUUAGAUGAUAGGCUUUAGCGAUCUUGCCGUUCUUGCGGGUGCGUGGGAACGAAAUGGGAAUGACUUCGAUGACGAGCUUGGGGUCCUGUGCGAGAAACUCGAAUUGAGAAAACAGAAAUAUAUGAAGGAAUGUCGAGAGCUCGGGGGUAGAUCUGCGAAGGUCGAACAGAUCCUCCUCAAGAUCUGGGGUGUGGAUGAUUCCCACCUGGCAGGUCGUGUGCCCGUAACCCGCGCUAGUAAUUCCCCUAACUCUGAGGGCACCCCUACGACACGUUGUGACGAUCUCGCGAUUGAAGAAGAAGAGAGGGUUGAGAUGGAGCGCGCAAUCGCUGCCAUCACGGCCAUCAUCCAGCACUCCACACUCAUGACAAGUAGGAAGGGAGGUGAUGCCUCCGAACGCGACCAGUACACUGCAUUCGCGCCUCUUGCAUUUGCGUGUUGGAUCGAGCACACGUCCACGAGGUUUAGGCACGCGAUAUGGAAGAUGGGUACCUUCAACCAUCUUGCGUCGAUCUCCAUCCGGGCGCUCCAGUUUCUAGGAAACGUUACUGAUGAACAGGUCAAGCAAUGUAAGACGCAGAUAUUAAAGGGAAAGUUGAAAUAUUGUGGCAGGGUCAAUCCGUUGGAUCCUCAGGAUCUGAAGUUUCCCCCCAUGCGCGAACUGGAUCCUGACAAAUGUGGGGAGACUAAUUCAGGGACGUGGCAGAAAGGCAUCAGGCAAGAAGGGAAGGCUGAUCUGAGGACCUUGAGGAAGAUAUGGAAUGUAGGGAGACGAUACCUAAAAUGCAAAUGCAAAAAGAUAAGAAGCAAGGACUGCGGAGAUACCCCUCUCUGGUUCGAUCAUGCUAUCUGGUACCUAAUGGCACAUCCGGACAUCCUUUUUCCGACCAUGUCCUCGAUCAAGGCGAUCAACGAACUGGGGAAUUUUCUGGACAAGCUUUUCGCACAGGUGAUGGAGCUGCGCGACCUUACUGACUCCACCAAAGCAUUUCUUCGUAAAAUCAUCUUAAAGAAGGGGAGGGGAAGAAUGGAGAAGUACAGAACGGCACACAGACAUGCUACUGCGGAACCGUUCGAGCAUCCUGCUGUAAAACGGGAGCUGCAGUUCUUAACGGGCAGAUUCCUCAUCUGUCCAACGGAUAAGGCUCCCAACACUCCAGCCUUCAUUUGCAAUAACUUCAUACGGAAGCUGGCUUUCCAGAGGUUGUCCGGCCCUGAAUUCGCCAGCAUUAACGCACCACCUACGUCGGUCAUCUCGCGCAUACGUGGCGAACUCUUUGCUUUGCCUGCGCUCCCUGUGCCGGCAGUGCUCCCAUAUCUCAUGACGGUUCCGAAGGGAACUUUCCGCUGGAUUAUGAACAUUGCCAAUACCAUCAUCUCUCCUGCAGCAGAGGUGAAGGGGAUUCCCGUGGGACUGGCAUGCUCCCCGAUCUGGUGUGAUAUAUACUUUUUUAAGUAUGAAUAUCACGCCAUGAUGCGGCUGGUGGAUACGGGGAAUACCCAUUUGUUCCCAUGCUUUGGUAGCACCUUCAGGUACAUCCCCGACCUUGGAGCGAUCAACAACGCCGUUGUCAGUAGCUUUCUGCGCAAGAAAGGGGAGAGGCAGGUGGAUGAUCCCUGUUGGAUCUAUCCGGAGGAAUUCAUCAAGAUCAAGGAGAAUACGGAACUGAAUGAAGAAGGGCUUGGUCGGAUCGCCAAUUUUCUCAAUAUGACCAUGACGGUCACCUCCCCGAUCACGGGAUCCUACUCUACCACUAGGCACGACAAGUGCACAGGGCUUGUUUUUUCUCCUUGCAGGUUCAUGAAGUUUCGAUCCAACAGGAGUGUCAAGCAGUCGCUCCAGAUCAUUACGGCGCAAGUGGCUCAAAUUUUCCUGCUCUGCUCGGAGCCAGAGGAUGCAGCGAAUGAGAUUGCAAAGGUGGUAGCGGCAAUGAGGGGCAAUGGUUUCGUUGUGAACGCCUGUUGGAAAGUGGUCAAGAAGACCCUUCAGAACGCCUACCUCUAUCAACCGGGUAGAUUGUUUGUACACAUGAUUAGGGAAGCAAUGACCAACCUGCACGGGAUUACUGGCUAACUGUCGUGUUUAUGUUUGUGUAUGUGUGUACGGUGUUCGGGGGAUGACUGGGCCGAAAGGGCCGGUUGUUCUCCGGACAGUCG